AUGGCAAAGAUGUACUACGAAGCGGACGCCGAUAUGUCGCUGGUGGAUGGCAAGACCUUCGGCAUAAUCGGCUAUGGCAGCCAGGGACACGCCCACGCACUCAAUCUGUACGACAACGGGCUUGAUGUGAUGGUCGGGCUGUACGAGGGCAGCAGCAGCAUUGCGAAGGCGGAGGCUGAGGGGCUGAAGGUCGGCAUGGUUGCCGAAGUCGCCGAGCAGUCGGACAUCAUCAUGAUGCUCAUUCCCGACCACCUGCAAUCCGAGGUGUACAGGGAAUCCAUUCAGCAGCACAUGCUCCCCGGCAAGACGCUGAUGUUCGCUCAUGGCUUCAACAUCCACUACGACACUAUCCAAGCGCCUGAGGGCGUGGAUGUGUCGAUGGUCGCGCCCAAGGCUCCCGGACAUCGCAUGCGCGAGGUUUUCACUAAGGGUUCGGGCGUGCCGGGUCUGCUCGCAGUGCAUCAGGACGCUACCGGAAACGCGCAUGCCGUCGGCCUCGCAUACGCGCGGGGCGUUGGCUGCACACGCGCCGGCGUUCUCGACACAACCUUCAAGGAAGAGACCGAGACCGACCUGUUCGGCGAGCAGGCGGUCCUGUGCGGCGGCGUAACGGCGCUGGUCAAGGCUGCAUACGAAACACUGAUCGAGGCGGGAUACCAGCCGGAAUCGGCGUACUUCGAGUGCAUGCACGAACUGAAACUCAUCGUUGACCUGCUGUAUCAGGGUGGCAUGGGUUAUAUGCGCUACUCGGUCAGCGACACCGCAGAGUUCGGCGACUACACGCGUGGGCCUGUCGUGGUUGACGCGCAGGUCAAGGAGAACAUGAAGGAAGUGCUGGCGCGCAUUCAGGACGGCAGUUUCGCCCGCGAGUGGAUUGCGGAGAACGAUGAGGGCCGCCCAACCUUCUACCGAAUGCGCGAGGAGAACGCGGCGCAUCCCAUCGAAGAAGUCGGCAAGGAAUUGCGCGCGAUGAUGCCGUUCCUGCAGGAUGUGGACUAG